AUGAUUUAUCGUGAAAAAAACAACGAUUAUUCAAGUUCACAUUAUGAUGAUCUUAUUCUAGAUGAUAUUGUUUUAUCUGAUUUUGAUGAAUCAGCUGUACAAUUACAGCAUUUAUUGAAUAUUGAUUGUGCUUUAGCUUUAAGCGUUUGCAAAAGUCGAAAUCUUCCAUCAUGUGUAUUUGUUCUAAGCCUUUUAUAUAUGAAACGUUUACGUUCACUUCCUUCAUCAUUAACAUUAUCAAAAAUAGAUAAUUUAACAACGAAAGAAUUAUAUUUAAUAGCAACAUUACUUGCUAAUAAAUAUUUUGUUGAUGAAGGUGAAGAUGAACAAUUGUUUAACUCAGAUUUAAUGGAAUUGACUGGUAUUAGUACUGAACGUAUUAAUUUAAUUGAACGACAAGUUUUAGUAGCAUUAGAUUGGAAUUUAUAUAUAUCAAAUGAUGAAUUUACACAAUUUUUUUACUUUAUUUAA